AUGGUAAUGCAAGACAAAGUUUUCGACGAGCGCAUGCCUUCCCAGGUCACCGCGCAGGUCGCGCCUACUCCACCGGACUCGUCCACCCCACACCCAGACUCACGUUCUCAGCCGCAGUCCGAUUCCUAUAUCAUGUCGCAACCCGCCGAAAUCGAACCUCUUGUUUCUAGUGCCCUGCCUGUCUCUACCAGUGAGCCCGACUUUGGUUCAAGUUUAGGUUCAUCUGCGGUCGAUGUUGACUCACCUGAAGGCACUGAAGCACGAAUCAACAUGGAGGGUCCUGUAUCUUCGCCGACCCAUAGCAGCCCUACUAUGGCUCCGCAAAUCCGGGACCAUGUGCAGGAGUCUUCGCAUACACAAGAGAAAAAGCACGUCGAUCGCACAACCCCUAUCACUCCGCCUUCUACAAAGGAUGCUGGCAACAAGAUGUCUACGACGCCACUAAUUACUCCCCCGGCGGCAGAGCAAGUAGCGACACUAGAUGAUACUCCCGGGUCUCCUACGCCGUCGAGUACAGCACGACCCUCCGAUCGGGCGCUCUCUCGCCUGGAGCUCUUCGAGUGGCGCAGCAAAGGAGCAAUUCAUAAGCACUACAAGGGAACUGACAUUUUCCACAAGACACGUUCUUCGAUGAGGUAUCAAUCCAGGAGAAUGCUCAUCUUUGCUUCUCGCGGGUUUGAACGCGGAGUUCUGCCUACGAGACAGACAAAGCCCCCUCUGCUGAAGCGGCGUCACAGUAUCGAUGCCAAUACUACCAAGAAUUGGAAGAUGCAAAACAAUGCCUGUUGGCUGCAUUAUAGCUCAAAAGUAAACGAGUUGCAGCCACAUGCUCACUUUGGUGCACGGCCGACUAACAUUGUACAGAAAGAUAUUCCUUGGGUACGAUCUCACGAGAUAGAACUUCCAUUCGUAUAUCCAUCACAUUCUCCAAUUCCCGACCCCCGUCGAUAUGCUGCCUUCGGUCCAGCAUUCGACAUUGAGACUCCGCACAACAAUGAAAUUUUCCUUGAGCUCGGAGACGUCACCAUACAAAACGACGCCUUUGAUUACAUUGGCGCUACCAGCUAUCAUGAGUCUAAACUAGAAGUGUGGAUGCGUGGUGAGAGUCUAGAUAUGGCUCUUGAAGUACUUCGCCGCGAUGAAGAUUGCGACGCUCACGGUAUCGACAUUGUCAACUCCACUGUGGCCCAGAUUUGCUGUUUCGCCGCAAAUAGUUCAAAUGGCCCUUCUGGGGAAUACGAACAAUACAAGGCACGUUACCACAACAAGAAUUGGAUCAUCGUCGUUUGUAACGAUGCCAUGGGUGGUAUCGAAAAUAAUGGGACCAGCGGAUCGCAUUGGUCCAUGGUAGCCAUGGAUAGGAUCUCGAAGCGUGCGUACUAUUACGACUCUUUGUACGCUCAUUACACGGAUUACCAGAACUUGGGUCGCACUAUCUCCAUGGGUCUGCUCAACAUUCUUGAUGAAGACAUUUCGAGGUGGACAUAUGAGGUACAGCUCGAGAGCCCGAACCAGAACUGGCACAAUUUGUUCAGGCACGAUGGCGGUGCUUGUGGACCUUUUGUAUUCAAGAUGACGCAAAUCCUGAUUGAACAUAUCAAAGGUCAGCAAGCGCUGAGUCUCGAGGAUCAGUGCCAUCUCGAACUAGACGAUUCGUUUGCGACGCAACUGUUCAAGCCGCGAUUUCAUUCGGGUCAUGUUCGCAACGAGAUAAAGGCCAGGAUCCGUCGCUGGCGUCACAUUUCCCGGGCUUCGGCGUUCGUAGACCAACACGACCACUAUGCUAUCCACGAUACGAAUGCUGUUCUGAGGAACGGGCCAGUCGUCGCUUUCCAGAUUCCUCCGAAGCCACGGCUUCCAGUUUUGCGUCGGACUCAUCACAUGGGCAGGUACUCCGGGUCACAUCACACAAGACGUCGUUGCUCUAGCGGCACCAACUACCAUGAUUCCACCGAUGUAGACGAUAGCGAUGAGAACUACGUCACCUACGACAACAGCAGUGACAGCGGUCGUAGCACUGCAGGUUCCUCAGGCGGUGAUACCGUAGUCAUCGGGCACGACGACCUCUGGGGAGACGCAGGCGUCGAUGUCAACAUGGACGACGAUGACCUUUAUCCUGACCUCAACGGCAGUGUUCAACUUAUUGAUGAGACUGAUGGAGUCCUAGACGAACACGUAUCGGCUGGCUAUCGGAGGAUUGUGAACAACUCACCGGAGCCUGACAAUGAGGAACAAGGACCCAGCGUUACUAGGCUUGCUUGA